GUCCUUCCUGGAUAGUGAAGGCCCCUCCACCAUGAGCAUCCCAAAUUCACGUGUCUUGGGUGGCGCCAAACGGGCGAGUGUAGUCCUGAUGGGCCAAGAGAAACACAGAACGACGCCAGCUGCAGUACGAACAUUAAGGCAGGAGCUUCUGGCUAUUGUUUGCUCAAGAACAAGGCCACGGGCGAGGAAGUGCAGACCAUGCGUGUCAACUGCUCGUCUUUGCAGAACGAAAUCCGAUUCAACUGUCGCCAAGCAGCGGAUUUCGCUCGUGUUGCGCCUCAGAUUGACGCUCUGAUAGCAGCCAAGCGGCAGGAGAUAAAGCAGCAAGAAGAGAUGCAGCUGCAACCCAAGAACGGAGUACUGAUGGUCAUGUAUCCUAAACUUCUAGCAAACAUCUAUUCGACAGUGAGAUUACUGCGCUCGUACAACUGCUCCCUAUCAGUAGAGCUGUGGUAUCUUCAAAAUGAAAUGGGCACGAACCCACUGAACGAGUCAAGAAUACUGCAAUCACUGGUGAAGGACUAUGGACCAAUAUCACUGCGUGGCAUUGCGGAGACAGAAGUGAACGGAUUCAACACGAAAGUAUUCGCAUUGGCCCAUUCAGAGCUUGACCAGGUGCUUUUCCUUGACGCCGAUAAUUCACCCGUUAGAGAUCCGACGUAUCUGUUUACGACGCCUGAGUUCAUGGAGCAUGGUGCGAUUUUCUGGCCGGAUUUCUGGCAUCCAAUGAACACGAUCUUCAACAUUAACAGGGAGUCGUUGUUAUGGGAGCUAGUGGGCACACCGUAUGCGAACAUGCUCGAGCAAGAAAGCGGUCAAUUGCUGAUUGAUCGUCGCAGAUCGAAAGUUGCGCUGGAGAUCGUGCAGUUCUUGGCGCUUCGUAGGCCUGACCACUUCGAGCGUUUGAAACUCCUCCAUGGGGACAAAGAUCUGUUCCGGUUGGCGUGGCUGAAGACUAACACUUCAUUUCACAUGAUUCGAACUCCUGCUGCGGCCGCAGGUUUGGUGAAAGGCAAACAGUUCUGUGGUAUGACUAUGGUACAGCAUGACCCUCAAGGAGAGAUACUGUUCCUGCACCACAACGGCAAGAAAUUGAUUGGCGAAGAGGAGACCAGUAAAACUCGCGUCUGGACACAUCUCCAGUCCUUUGUGUUUCCAGAAAACCUUACGUCAGUGGAUACAAACGCGGGUGAACGGUACGAAUACAUGACAAACAACUAUCACAGGCUUUACGAUGUGUUACGGGGACACCGCAAUGAAGUCGGAGCAUUAUAA